UUUUUUGUUGUGAGAAAAAGUUGUUUUGACUUUAUAUUUUAUAAUUAAAAUUUUGCAAUAUCUUGCUGGUAUGCCGAACUCUAACGUAGAUCCGGAGAUUGCGAAAAAAAUCCGUCCGGCCCCAGUCACUAGGAAAUUCCAAUAUCUUUCCUGUAGGUAUUAGGAAGUGAUUAUGCCGAACACUAAAGUAGACCAAUAUUUUCUCAUUUUAAUAUUUUCUUUGUCUCGUCCACUUUGUGAUCCCCAUCAUAAGAAUAAAUUGUUGGGGAAUUUUGUACCUUACGUCUUACCUUUUUCUUUGCUCUCUCCGACUCCCCUCAAUCAGCUAAAAAUCUUGACUGAACAUUUUUAACUCAUGGGGGACGAAUAAUUUUCUUGACAAGCCCAAUUUUUAUUUCUUUUAAAAAACGAAAUUUCAGAGCUCAGAAAUCCAAGAAUGCCUUUCAAAAAAUUCAGGCCAAUAAAGCAAUUCGGAAGAUACAAUACUUUAAUGUUUAGAGAUUUUAACAGAAGAAAUAAUUUAAAAGACGCGCAUGUUCUUCAAAUUGAUCCAGAAAUUAAACAAGCAAAAAUUAAAAUUCAAAACCCUUUAAGUAAAGAUUUUUUUAAACAAUUUGAAAAGAAGGAUGAAAAUGCUGCUACUUUUCCUUUGCAUUUGAGAAAGAAAACGUUAAAGGACCAUCCACUCUACAAAACUCAAAAUUGUUUAUUAUUUGACGGAACAGAAAGUUUAACUGACGGGGUCGAUCAAGCAUGUAAUUUAAUCAAUUCUUGUGAGCCUUCUCCAAUUCCACCUUCCGUCUACUCUUCAAUUCCAAACAAUUUUCUUCCAAAAGAUUUUGAAGCUCACGUAAUUGAUUCAAUUAUGGCAGGUGAAAGAUACGACCCUUCUAUGGACAAAUUACCCAAAAAAUUCGAUCCAAUACUUUUUUGGACGUAUCAAGUGAACCAUUAUGGAACGCCGGUAAUGAAAAGAAAUAAUAUUAUUUUGGAGAAUUUGGUUAGAAAAGUUUUUUUGCUUGCUAUGCACAAUGAAAAAUUGAAUUUUGAAAAAUACAGAUAUUCUUUUGACGAUCCAAUAAGUUCAAUUAUUCCAGCUAAUUUAACAAGUGUCAAAACUCCAAUGGUUUUUCGACAUCAACCUCAUGUUGUUAUUCAAUCUGAAGAUUUUCUUUCUCAAUUGGCUACCGAAAAACAAAUUUUGGAAACAAAGCAAAAAGAAAUUCCAAAUAUUUUCCCAAUUUCUCCUUUUAUUGAUUUGCAAAGUUCUAAUAUUUAUAAUGACACAGCUGUUGUUCCAGGAAUUGCUUCUGAUCAGAAAUAUGUUUUAAAUACAAUUUUAUGGGCUAGAGAACAAGAUCAAAAAUAUCCGUGGACAAGAGAAGAAAAUGCAGGAAAUGCAAUUUGUCAUUGUUUUGGUGCAGCAUUAGCUCAAGCUCUUCGAUUAAAAAAUUUGUUAGAAUUUGAAAAAACUUCAUCAGAAGAAGAUAAAAUUUUAAAAAGGCCAAUAAUUACAAAAGCAAUUCAAUUAGUUGAUGGAAGAAUGGAUUUUGUUAUUGUUCAAUUAAAUACUUUAAAUUUGGCUAAUUUGGAAGGAAUUAAAAAUUUGGUUUGGAUAGAUAAAGCUUGUCCUCUAUACAAAACUAAACCUAUGCAUCAAAAUUUGUUAAAUGUUGAAGAACUUAAUUUAGAAACAGCAAAAAAAUUUAUUGGGUUAAUUUUAUAUAAAUGA